AUGAGCGGCCAGUGGGAUGAUAAUCAGAGUGGAAAUGAAAAAUGGUUGCAGGAAUGACAAGAAUGCGUGCAAAGAUGCCUUGAAAGCUCUCGAGCAGCUUCUGAUUCGGGAUGCCUCCGAUUCUUCGUUCAAUUCCAUCAACACUAGCAAAUACGGGUUCUAUUCCCCACGCACAGAGCUCCGUCAAGGACGUCUUUAUUACAUGGCCGAGCCAAUGUUCGUCCGCGUCUCCGGAAAAGAAAUUAAAUCUCAUGCUGACAGCUCAGGUCCGAUACUCCUUCUCUAUCGAUCUUCGUCAUGUUCCCAUUUCAGAUCUCGACCACUUGCCAUACAUUGAAAUUUCAUUCGUGAAGCACGGGAAAAUUUGCAGCCUCCCGGUGUUCAGUCACAGUGGAGAAUGGACUCAAUUCAACGACGCAAAAGUGUGCAUCUGCAUCCGUUUCAAGCACGGUUUUCUGUUCUCCCAGCACACGAUCCGCAAGCUUGCCCAGACCGUUCCGAGAUCUCCUUUAGUCCGUCAUUAUGUCAACUUCUAUCGCUUCUUGACCGCUCGUCCGACCAUCAAAGAGAAUCUGGAAAUGGUGACUCAAUUCCCGGACGAAUCGGAUGUUCAGCAGAAAUACGGUGUGGACUCAAGAAAACUGUCGAAAGAGGACGAUUUGGUGGCAGUCGAAAUGUUCCUCACUGAUCUGAGAGACCUUCCGAAGUUGGUUGAAACUUUGAGAAGCGAGUGGAUGCACGCCAGUCUCUGGGAGUCCAUUUUGGCGAUGUGCGAGCCGAAGCAAGGGAUUCCGCAGAAAGAGGUGGACGCUGUGGACGUGCAGCUGAUGCCCCGCCGCAGUGAAUUCCAGUUGCAGUUCAACACGAAGUACGGGAGUAUGACAAGUGAGUUUGAAACCAAGUUUUGUUGUUUUUCAUUCGUUUUUUCUAGUGCAAAUCGCCGAAAAGUCUCUGUGCAAAUACGUUGUCAAAACAAUUUGCCAGCUGACCGGAGAGUCGCCGUCCGAAGAGCUCGACAAAAUACUCACUGAAAAACUGAACAGGUAGACUGGAGAUUUCGAAGAGUUUAUUCGAAUCGCGUUCGUUUUAGCACCUGGAGCAUUCCCGCCACGCUCACAUUCGCCUUCUCCGAAUUCGAUUGCGAACUGAUCAAAGUGUUUUCCCCACUCAAACCUAUCAAUUCAUCAGAUAACAGUUCUACUAUUCAUUUUGAUAAACGUCACCAAGCUUGGUUGAAUCCCAACACAUCACAAAUAUCAUUGGUCAAAAAGCAGACGGAAAAGCAGAAGGCGGUGGUUUUGGAACGGGGUGAGUAGAUGAGUACCCAGUGCAUUGAUAAAAAGAGAUUCAGGGCCUCCAGUAGAACCUACUAAAUUGCAUUAUUCAAGAGAAGAGGACAAAGAGAUUCAGGGGUCGCUGCUCUUCGAUUACGGAGAAGUCGAUUCUUACUUUGUGCAGACUACCACUGUCGGUAAAACAAAGGCUCUGCCAAGGGCGAAACCGGCCGAGCCGAAUCCGUUGAGCAAUAUGGAUAUGAUGUCAAUGGAUUUGGAAGGGGAACGGGCUAGGCUGAGCUUGGAAAGCAGUCGUCAGCAAGAAAUGCAGAGAAUGAGUCAUCUGGAGUCCGCACGUAUGCACAUGAAGCAGUCCAUCGGAGCCGCCCAUGCCGUCGGGCUGGCCAGUCAUCAGCCUUCGCCCUCUCCGGCGCCAGGUCCGAUGAGACAGCACUCUUACACGAUGGGCUUCGACCCGCCCGCACCGUACGAUCCGAACAUUCCGGCUAGCAUUCAGUUCCCUGAUCCUUUGGCAUUUGGGAAGGGAAAGCCGAGAAAGUCGAGGGCCAAAAAGCAGCCAGGAGAAGAAGGAGCAGCUCCGGCAGGACGAGGAAAAGGACGGAAAGGACGUGGAGCAGCUGCUGUCGGGGGAGCCGGUGGGAGAAAGAGCACCGGAGUCACCGAUAAUCCGUUUGGCAUGGAUCAGAUGCGACCGCCAUUGCAAAGAAGUUUCAGUGACUUCCGUUAGUUCUUCGUUUCCGUUCUGAAGAUUAUAGCGUUCUGUUUUCAGCGGGUCAAAUUAAUCCUCAACACAUGGCUCAAUACCAGCAGAUGCAAAUGCAGCAGUUCCAGCAGAGUCAACAACUCCGAAUGCAUCAACAGCAGCAGCAGAUGUCUCAGCAAAUGCAAUCUCCGCAGCAUCCCGGAAUACAAACUCCCAAGUACCCCCCGAAUACUCUGGUUCCAGCUUAUGCGGAUGACGAUUCUGGUAAGAAACUGAAAACCGGUUUCGGGUACUACUGUAAAGAAUUGAAACAACUUAUAGAUGCAGAUGACUGCGAUCCUCCGCCGCCUCCGAAACCGGCGAAUGCUCAGAGAGGGUCAGUUCCACCUCCACAACAACUGGGCAACCCGAUGGUAGGCUAUCCGGGAAUGCCUCUCCAGAGCCCCAACCACUUCCCUCUCACUCCGUCUCCCCUUUCCGCUCCUCCUAAACCGUUCUCUCCGGAGCAACAGCACUUUGGAAUGAAAAUGCGGGAGAAUGCGUAUUGGAAGGAGGGCGAGCGGCUCGAUGUGAAGCCCGAUUUAAAUCUUCUGAAGCAACAAGCAGCAGCGGCGGCUGCUUCUUCUGCUCCGGCUUCAUCCUUCACAGCUCCUCAUGCGCUCUCCGAGCCAUCCACUUCGAGUGCUCCUGAUCCUCUCAAACCUGCCCCGACCCCCAAAAAGAAAUUGGGUCUCGAAGCGGCAAUUUCAAAGAUAAGGGGUCAGCAGGAACAAGCAUUGGCUCAACAGAAACUGCAGCAGCAGCAGUCCCAGGAAUCGGUAGGAGAGACACCUCAGCCGGUGUACGAACAAUCGGCACCGCCCCUUCUGGCACCUCAUCAAGUCGACAGAGCGAGGUACGAAUAAAAGAAGAGUUCACAAUAAUUUAUUUUUUUCAGAAAUUUGAUGAACGUCUUUGACGACGAUGGGGAUGAUUCAGUUCAAGAUGUGAAGCCGAUGAUGUCGGCCCUUCAGAAGGCACUUGCUGCUCCUCCCAUAGAACCAACUUCCUCUGGAUACAAUCAGACCAUGCCAAAUCUAAAAAGAGAAGUCAUAGACGAAGAACAAGAGAAGGAGAAGCUUGUUCUGAAGGUGAUUCUGAUGGCCACUAGCUGAAAAGAUUCAUGUGUUUCAGAUACCGAAAACGAUCAAAUCGACGUCUGCUGAGUCACCAAGAACAAGAGUAAAGGAAGAGAGAAAGGAUGAUCGGAGAGACGAAAGGAAAGAUAGAGAAAGGGACAAGGAUAGAGAAAAGGAUCGGGAUGGGGAUAGAGACAGAGACCGAGAAAGGGAGAAAGAGGAAAAAGCACAAAAGGAGAAGGAGAAGAAGGAGAGAGAAAGAGAAAGAAGAAGGCAAAGAGACAGAGAACGGGCGGAACAGAAACGUGCUGAAAAGGCGGAAGCAGCUGGAAAGAAGGACGAUCCUUCCACGUCUUCAUCGUCAUCUUCAAAGAAAAGAAAACUAGAUAAAAAGGAUGAGAAGGAUAGAAGAGAACCGGAAAAGAAGAAAGGAAAGACCGACUUCAAGACGACCAACAGUGUCUUGCCGACUAACAGCCUCAAGAGCUUUAGGAUUCCAAAGGUUCGAUCGAAACUACUUGCUUUAAACCGCCAAUAAUUGUUUUCAGAAAGAGACAGCAGUGGAAGACAAGAAGGAAACGAAGGAAGAUGGCCCGAGCACGUCGACUUCCGGUCCUUCAGUUACACUCUCGGACUCUGUUCGGAAAGAGUCUACAAGCACUUCGGUCCCUCCGGUUUCUAGAAAAGAGUCGACGGUUUCGUCUGUACCGCCUCCUCUAACCCAACGGAAAGACUCUUUCUCAUCUCUUUCCGGCCCCUUUCCGCCAUCUGAUCAUCAUCGCGAACCACCGAUCAAGAAGAAACCAUUGCCUCCCCCAACAGGAAUGCCCCCUGGAUUAUAUCCGGGACCGUCAAAUAUGGGUCCGAGUAUGAGUGGGAGCCGAGGAGGAAACAACGGAAGUCGCAAGCCGAUGCCACCGCCGCCUCCGUCCAUGAUGAGGUGGGUGCUUUGAAAUCGCAGUUGCAAUUUCUGUUAUUCUUCAUUGUUGAGCUUUUCCAGGGGACCACCGCCAGAACAAAUGUACCGCGAGCGACCGGGCAGCAUGCGUGGAUUCCCGCCGUCUUCUCAUUAUCACGGAGGUGGCAGCAGCAGUAAACAAGUAGCUUCUUACGCUCAGGGAAUUCCGCCCGGUAUGGGACCGCCGAUACCCAAAUCGCACGGAAGCAACUAUCAAGCGUCGCAGUGGGUCAGACCGCCCACGCACAGGGACUCGCACAGUUAUCAGUCAGUUUUCGCUCGCGUUCGCUCUUUCUAACAUGUUCCCGCACGUUUUGACUGCACAACCGCCACAAUGAUCAGUUUGCUUACUGCCUGCACAUGAGAAGAUUCGCUGAGAGUGCUAGAGCUUGCUAACAGAGAAUGAAUAAAUUGUGUUCGAUGCGUUAUUUGAACCUCAGUUUUUUCAGUGGAAUGCCAUCCCUCGGACCCCCUCAAAUCCAGCGAGACCCUCCGCCGCCGCCACCGCCGCAGAUGAUUCCAUUGCCAAAGGAUCCGCCAGUGCUACGCGAGAAUCCCCCACGAGAACGGGAACGUACACAUCGAACAGAAGAAGAAGGUCCGGACAGUCCGGAAGAAAGCACACUCCGUAUAGACGAAGAGUAG